GUUUCGCACGGUAAUUCCGGGCGGUGUCACGAGUGAAAAGUUUUUUUUUCGGCGGAGAUCCUAGUUGGGGCUGGGAAACUCCUGCAAAACUCGAGACCGGGAAACCAGCCCGCGCGUCCCAGCCCCCACCGAAGCCACCUACUCUUCCUUCUGCGGGAGGCCACUCCACAUCCGCUCUCACCGGAGAGUGAAAUUGGGCUGGAUCCGAAGUGACUAAUGAAGGGAAGGAAAUCAUGUCAGGCGAAGCCUUGAAAAAGCUGCCUUGAGACACUGCCCGACCGAAAGAAUGUUGGCUCAAUUAAGAAACAUCAGGGAGAUAAAUUCAACCCAGUGUGUCUAAAAAUGACUACAAAACGAAGUUUAUUUGUGCGGUUGGUACCAUGUCGUUGUCUUCGAGGAGAAGAGGAGACUGUCACUACUCUUGAUUAUUCUCAUUGCAGUUUGGAACAGGUUCCCAAAGAGAUUUUCACUUUUGAGAAAACUUUGGAGGAGCUCUACUUAGAUGCUAAUCAGAUUGAAGAGCUUCCAAAACAACUUUUUAACUGUCAGUCUCUACACAAACUGAGUUUGCCAGAUAAUGAUUUAACAGCAUUACCAGCAUCUAUUGCAAAUCUCAUUAAUCUCAGGGAACUGGAUGUCAGCAAGAAUGGAAUACAAGAGUUUCCAGAAAAUAUAAAAAAUUGUAAAGUUUUGACAGUUGUGGAGGCCAGUGUAAAUCCUAUUUCCAAGCUUCCUGAUGGAUUUUCUCAGCUGUUAAACUUAACCCAGUUAUAUCUGAAUGAUGCUUUCCUUGAGUUCUUGCCAGCUAAUUUUGGCAGAUUAACUAAACUCCAAAUAUUAGAACUUAGAGAAAACCAGUUGAAAAUGUUGCCAAAAACCAUGAAUAGACUGACCCAGCUGGAAAGACUGGACUUGGGAAGUAAUGAAUUCACAGAAGUGCCUGAAGUACUUGAGCAGCUAAGUGGAUUGAAAGAAUUUUGGAUGGAUGGUAAUAGACUGACUUUUAUUCCAGGGUUUAUUGGUAGUUUGAAACAGCUCACAUAUUUGGAUAUUUCUAAAAAUAAUAUUGAGAUGGUUGAAGAAGGAAUUUCAGGAUGUGAAAACCUUCAAGAUCUUCUAUUAUCAAGCAAUUCACUUCAACAACUGCCGGAGACUAUUGGUUCAUUGAAGAAUGUAACAACUCUUAAAAUAGAUGAAAAUCAGUUAAUGUAUCUACCAGACUCUAUAGGAGGGUUAGUAUCAAUAGAAGAACUGGAUUGUAGCGUCAAUGAACUUGAAGCUUUGCCUUCAUCUAUUGGGCAACUUACUAAUGUAAGAACCUUUGCUGCGGAUCAUAAUUACUUACAACAGUUACCCCCAGAGAUUGGAAAUUGGAAAAAUAUAACUGUGCUAUUUCUCCAUUCUAAUAAACUCGAGACACUUCCAGAGGAAAUGGGUGAUAUGCAAAAAUUAAAAGUCAUCAAUUUGAGUGACAAUAGAUUAAAAAAUUUGCCCUUUAGCUUUACAAAGCUACAGCAAUUGACUGCUAUGUGGCUCUCAGAUAAUCAGUCCAAACCCCUGAUACCUCUUCAAAAAGAGACUGAUUCAGAGACCCAGAAAACGGUGCUUACUAACUACAUGUUCCCUCAGCAGCCAAGAACUGAGGAUGUUAUGUUUAUAUCAGAUAAUGAAAGUUUUAAUCCUUCAUUGUGGGAGGAACAGAGAAAACAGCGAGCUCAAGUGGCAUUUGAAUGUGAUGAAGACAAAGAUGAAAGGGAGGCACCUCCCAGAGAGGGAAAUUUGAAGAGAUAUCCAACACCAUACCCGGAUGAGCUUAAGAAUAUGGUCAAAACUGUUCAAACCAUUGUACAUAGAUUAAAAGAUGAAGAGACUAAUGAAGACUCUGGAAAAGAUUUGAAACGGCAUGAAGAUCAGCAAGUUGCAAAUAAUGAUGUGGGUGUGAAGACUUCUGAAAGUACCACUCCAGUAAGAAGCAAAGCUGAUGAAAGAGAAAAGUUUAUGAUAGGAAACUCUAUACAGAAGACCAGUGAACCUGAAGCUGAGGUCAGUUCUGGAAAUCUGCCAGUGACUGCAAAUGUGAAAGCCUCUGAGAACUUGAAGCAUAUUGUUAAUCAUGAUGAUGUUUUUGAGGAAUCUGAAGAACUUUCUUCUGACGAAGAGAUGAAAAUGGCAGAGAUGCGACCACCAUUAAUUGAAACCUCUAUUAACCAGCCCAAAGUGGUAGCACUUAGUAGUAACAAAAAAGAUGAUACAAAGGAUACAGAUUCUUUAUCAGAUGAAGUUACACACAAUAGCAAUCAGAAUAACAGCAACUGUUCUUCUCCAUCUCGGAUGUCUGAUUCAGUUUCUCUUAAUACUGAUAGCAGUCAAGAUACCUCACUCUGUUCUCCAGUGAAACAAACUCACAUGGGUAUUAAUUCCAAAAUCAGGCAAGAAGAUGAAAAUUUUAACAGCCUUUUACAAAAUGGAGAUAUUUUAAAUCAUUCAACAGAGGAAAAAAUCAAUGUUCCUGAUAAAAAAGAUUUUAACUUACCUGAGUAUGAUUUGAAUAUUGAAGAGAGGUUAGUUCUUAUUGAAAAAGGUGUUGACUCAACAGCCACAUCUGAUGAAUCUCAAAAAUUAGACCAUAUCAAUAUGAAUCUAAAUAAACUUAUAACUAAUGAUACAUUUCAACCAGAGAUAGUAGAAAGAUCAAAGACACAAGAUACAGCGCUUGGAAUGAGCUUUUUAAGCAAUAAUGCUAAAGGAGAAGCUGAGCACUUGGAAAACGGAAACAAGUUUCCUAAUGUUGAAUGCAUAAAUAAGGUAAAUGGACAUUCUGAGGAAACUCCCCAGUCUCCUAGGAGGACUGAACCACAUGACACUGAUUCUUCUGUUGAUGUGGGUCAUUCUAAAAGCACUGAAGAUCUCUCCCCUCAGAAAAGUGGGCCAAUUGGAUCUGUUGUGAAAUCUCAUAGCAUAACUAAUAUGGAAACUGGAGGGCUAAAAAUCUAUGACAUUCUGAGUGAUAAUGGACCUCAGCAGCCAAGUGCCACAGCUAAAGUAACAUCUACUAUUGAUGGAAAAAAUAUAGUCAGGAGCAAGUCAGCUACACUUUUAUAUGAUCAACCAUUGCAAGUAUUUACUGGUUCUUCUUCAUCUUCUGAUUUAAUAUCAGGUGCAAAGGCAAUUUUCAAGUUUGAUUCAAAUCAUAAUCCUGAGGAACCAAAUACAAGAGGUCCCACAACAAGCGGCCCACAGUCUAUGCCUCAGAUGUAUGGUCCUCCACAGUAUAAUAUUCAGUACAGCAGCAGUGGCGCAGUCAAGGACACUUUGUGGCACUCCAAACAAAAUCCCCAAGUAGAUCCUGUCAGUUUUCCCUCACAGCGCUUUCCUAGAUCAGAGAGUACAGAAAGUCACAGUUAUGCUAAACAUUCUGCCAAUAUGAAUUUCUCUAAUCAUAACAAUGUUCGAGCUAAUACUGGGUAUCAUUUACACCAGAGACUUGGUCCAGGAAGACAUGGGGACAUGUGGGCCAUCUCACCAAAUGACCGACUCAUUCCUGGAGCAACUCGAACUACAAUUCAGCGACAGAGUAGUGUGUCCUCAACAGCCUCUGUAAAUCUUGGUGAGCCAGGAUCCACGAGGCGGACCCAAGUUCCUGAAGGAGAUUAUUUGUCAUACAGAGAGUUGCAUUCAGUGGGACGAACUCCUCCAGUGAUAUCAGGAUCACAGAGACCUCUUUCUGCACGAACCUACAGCGUUGAUGGUCCAAAUGCCUCAAGGCCUCAGAGUGCUCGACCCUCUGUUAGUGAGAUACCAGAGAGAACUAUGUCAGUUAGUGACUUCAGUUACUCACGAACUAGUCCUUCAAAAAGACCAAAUACAAGGGUUGGUUCUGAGCAUUCGUUACUAGAUCCUCCAGGAAAAAGUAAAGUUCCUCAUGAUUGGCGAGAACAAGUACUACGACACAUUGAGGCCAAAAAAUUAGAAAAGAGCAUGCUGUCAAGGUCCUUUAAUUCCAAUUUCACUGCUGUAAGCAACUUUCACUAUGGCAGCUCUAGGGAUCUGCAUGGCAGCCAGGGCAGUCUCGCCUUGAGUGUUGCAGACGGAAGAGGUUCUGGUGGGCACACUUUUCGACAUCUCCAAACAUCUUGUCCAGGAGAUCCUUGUCAAGAUGAUAUAUUCAUUUCAGGACAGCAGAACUACCCAUCAGCUACACUUAGUCACAAAGAUGUUCUUCCAGACAGCCUGAUGAAAAUGCCUUUGAGUAAUGGACAGAUGGGCCAGCCUCUCAGGCCUCAGGCAAAUUAUAGUCAAAUACAUCACCCCCUUCCUCAGGCAUCUGUGGCAAGGCAUCCCUCUAGAGAACAACUAAUUGAUUACUUGAUGCUGAAAGUGGCCCACCAGCCUCCAUACACACAGCCCCAUUGCUCUCCUAGACAAGGCCAUGAACUGGCAAGGCAAGAGAUUCGAGUAAGAGUUGAAAAGGAUCCGGAACUUGGAUUUAGCAUAUCAGGAGGGGUUGGGGGAAGAGGAAACCCAUUCAGACCUGAUGACGAUGGUAUAUUUGUAACAAGGGUACAGCCUGAAGGACCAGCAUCAAAAUUAUUGCAGCCAGGUGAUAAAAUUAUUCAGGCUAACGGCUACAGUUUUAUCAAUAUUGAACAUGGACAAGCAGUGUCCUUGCUAAAAACUUUCCAGAACACAGUAGAACUCAUCAUCUUAAGAGAGGUUUCCUCAUAAGAGCCGUGGACUAAAAAAACGGAGAGACAGCAAGAUUUAUUGGAAGAU